AGCGCGCCCCCCCUGGCCGAGGAAGGUGAGCGAGUGUCUGGAGGGGAGGACUCGGGAGCGCGACCAGCCGAGGGAUCGAUCGGAUUAAACUCGAUUUGAGUGAAAUUAACACAAAGGAGAGAAGAGCAACGCACACUAUUCGGCGAGGUCGCGGAUGUUAGACACGCCGGAGAAAUAUUUCAUGAAAAACAAACUUGAACUUUUUUUUCCCUCUGUUUAUUUAUAUUCCAAACGAAAAAGGACCACGGUGGAUUUUUUUUUCAAGCAAGCGGAGAUACUAACGAGGAGUUGAUUUGAUAAAAAGCCCGAAGUGACCGAGCUUGUUGGGAACCUUAAUGAGGACCAUGGAGUGGCAAGCUUCAAAUUAGCAGCUAGCUGAUUAGCUCCUCACUACACAACACCUCCCUCUAUCCAGUCCCCUCCAUCUGUGGGCCCCUACACCCAGCCAUGGCGGACCCAGGGAUGUUGAGUUUAUUUGGGGACGAUGCAGGGUUGUUCUCAGAUGGACUAGAUAGUUUAGGGGACUGCUUUCCUCAGCAACCGACCCCUGCCCAGUCCAACCCUCUAGCCCAGCCAGCUAAUUCUUCUCUGAAUCAUGAGCACCAAGGGAACCGUGCUUUCCACCAGGGGAUGAUCCAUGGCACUGGUCCCAGCCCAGGGCAGCCAAAAAUGGGGCAAAUGUACGACCAUGGCCCUUACACAGGCUACGAUCAACCUGGUGCCCCUGGAGGACGAAUGAUGGCCCAGAAUGGUCCCAGCCAGGGGCCGACAAAUGUGAACACGGCCAUGAAUGGCAUGGCUUCCCACUACCAUAAUAACCCAGCUAACUCUAGCAACCCCCACCAUGGGUACCCUGGUGAUGCUGGGGGAGGAGGAGGUGGAGGUGGAGUUUGGGGCCAGCAGCAGCAGCAGCAGCAGCAGCAGCAGAGCAGAUCAGCUUAUCAGCAGCCUCCCACACAGCCAGGGGGCGGCCCCAACCAGAUGGGAGGCUACCAGAUGUCUCAAGGCAACUAUGGUGGGAUACAAGGCCCACCAACACCCAAUGCAGCUCGCAUGAACCAACACUACCCUUCACAGAGCAUGGCACACCCACCUGCUCAGGACCCAUCUCACUACCUGGGACAUGUUGGAAUGGGGACGGGGCAGAUGAGACACCCUCAGCCCCAACCACAACCACAGGGAUACCCCAACAUGGGCCACACACCCAGAUACCCACACUCUCCCUCCCGACAGGCUCCUCACCCGCAUCAGCACCAACAAGGCAUAGGUGGGUUUGGUGGUGCCCAGUACCCUGGCUAUCAGGCCCAGUAUGGAGCCAUGGGACCUGGGAUGGCCCAGGGUACUAAUGCAAACAUCAAUGCUAAUGCCAGCCAGGCCAUGGGACAAGGGCAGCUUGGCCAGAGGUUUAACCAGGGAUCAGGCCCAGCAGCAGGACAACAGGGCCAGCGAUACCCCCCUGGACCACCUCAUCAAUCCCAGCCCCAUCAGACCCAUUCUGCCCCAAUGCAACAGCAGGCAGGGCAGCAGGGCCAGCCUAUGCACCCCCUGAACCAUCCCCAGAAUCUGCAGCAGCCCCAAAACCAGCCCCAGUCCCACCUUGCCCCCCCAGCUCAGGGAUCUUACCCCUCCCCCUCAUCCAUGUCCCCCAUGCGGGUUUUGGGAACCCCAACACCUCCUCCUCAACAGGGCAGACCCCCUAGUGCAGGACUAGCUGGACCCCAAGAGGUUGCAGGAUACACAGCCCUGCAGUCUCCACCCAACGCUAUGGCCCAUCCACAGAGACCUCCCCAAACACCUCUGUCUGCCCCACACCCUCAGCACCAGCAGCCCCACAACAUGCCUCCCAGUACAGGACAGAUGUAUCCCGGCAUGGGGCCACAGCGUAGUGCACAAUUGGGUCCAAACCGGCCUCAGCUCCAGCAACAGCAAGGGCCUCAUGAAGCUCCAGUAAGUCAGGGGGGAGACCAGCGUCUUCUACAGGCCCAGCAGCAGGCCUCUCGCAGUGGGCAGCCCCUGCAGCCUGCUCCCAUGGGUUUCCAGGGUCCACCUGUCGGUCAACAUGGAGUUCCAGCCCCAAACCAGGGCUUAGCACCGCCUGCACAGAAUGCUCAGACGCAGCACACACACCUGCCCCCCCACCCUCAUCACUUGCAGAGCACGCCCUCUCCCCCCAAUCAGGCCUCCCACCCGUGGGCAUCUCUGCCUCCUGCCUCCCACCCGCUCUCCUCACCCCCUCUUACCCCACAGAAAGUGCCUCACGUACAGCAUUCCCCCACCGACUCAGCAGGUGACGCCUCCAUGACGAUUCCUGACAGGCCCACAGUCGCUGGUGCCCCUGGCCAGCCUAUCAGCACAGAGCAGGCCAUCAUCCAGGAGACCAAGCCAAAAAAGAAGAGAAAGAAGAAAGCAAAAGUACUGGACAGAGAGGAAGAAGAGGGGGGAAAGAAGGUAGAAGGAGAGGAAGACAAGUUGGAAUUUCCUGGAACAGGAAGUGAUGCAGGUGAACAGGUUUCUGGCACAGGAUUUUUAGAGGGAAGUUCACCACUGGUGGAGGAGAAGAAAAAGCGAAAAAAGAAACCAAAGGAGAAGGCAGAGGGCAAGGAGCCCAAAGAGCCCAAGACCCCGAAGACGCCUAAAACACCCAAGACCCCCAAAGAGCCCAAGGAGCCCAAGGAAAAGAAAACCAAGAGCUCCACGCCCAAGACGAAGACCCCCAAGAAAACCAGCAGUAAGAAGGUUGAGUCCGAGGGCGGAGCUAGCGCUGCUAAGAAAGAUUCCAAGAGGAAGAGAGAGUCGUCAGUCAGUGAUGACGUGGAGGUGAAGUCUCCACCCCCCUCACCACCUGAAGAGGACGAUGAUGAUGGUGUACAGAAGCGUCGUUCUAGCCGUCAGGUGAAGAGGAAGAGGUACACAGAGGAUCUGGAGUUUAGGAUCUCAGAGGACGAUGACAGUGGCGACGACUCACCGGCGCCUAAGUCUCCAUCGUCGUCAUCACAACAGCAGGAUGUGGCUGAGGCUGAGGGCCCUGUCGUGGAGAAGAUCAUGGGCAUGCGUACCACCAAGAAACCGCUGGAGUCGGGGGAAGAGGUGGAGGUGGAGGAAUUCUACGUCAAGUUCAAGGGCUUUUCAUACCUCCACUGUCGCUGGGCAGAUUUAGAGGAGCUGGAGAAGGACAAGAGAAUACACCAGAAAGUCAAGAGGUUUAAGGCCAAGCAACAGCUCAACAGCUUUAUCACUGAGAUGGAUGACGAGCCUUUUAACCCGGACUAUGUGGAGGUGGACCGUGUCCUGGACGUUUCAGAGAGCACAGAUGAAAACGGAGAGACCGUGACCUUAUAUUUGGUGAAAUGGUGCAGUCUGCCUUACGAAGACUCCACCUGGGAGCUGAAGGCCGACAUUGACCAGUCCAAGAUAGAGGAAUAUGAACGCAUUGCAGCACGCACACCCAACACCAAAAGAGUGGAUCGGCCUCCUGCAGCCGACUGGAAAAAGCUGGAGGGCUCCAGGGAAUACAGGAACGGCAACGCACUCAGGGAAUACCAGCUGGAAGGCCUCAACUGGCUAACCUUCAACUGGUACAACUCACGUAACUGUAUCUUGGCUGAUGAGAUGGGUCUAGGGAAGACCAUCCAGUCCAUUACAUUCCUCUAUGAGAUUUACAUGAAGGGCAUUGAGGGGCCGUUCCUGGUCAUUGCCCCACUCUCCACCAUCCCCAACUGGGAGCGGGAGUUCAGGACCUGGACCGAACUCAAUGCUGUGGUCUACCACGGCAGCCAGGCCAGCCGCAAGACCAUCCAGGCCUACGAGAUGUACUACAGAGAUGCACAGGGUAAGAUAAUAAAGGGAGUGUAUCGAUUCCACGCAGUGAUAACAACCUUUGAGAUGAUUCUGGCUGACUGUCCGGAGCUUCGCAGCGUGCCGUGGCGCUGUGUGGUGAUAGAUGAGGCCCACCGCCUCAAAAACCGAAACUGCAAACUACUGGAAGGACUCAAAAUGAUGGACAUGGAGCACAAAGUUCUGUUGACAGGAACUCCUCUGCAGAACACUGUGGAGGAGCUCUUCAGCUUACUCAACUUCCUUGAACCAGAAAGAUUCCCGUCUGAACAGACAUUCAUGACUGAAUUUGGAGACCUUAAGACUGAAGAACAGGUGCAAAAACUGCAGGGCAUUCUGAAGCCCAUGAUGUUGAGAAGAUUGAAGGAGGAUGUGGAGAAGAACCUCGCCCCUAAGGAGGAGACCAUCAUUGAGGUCGAGCUGACCAACAUCCAGAAGAAAUACUAUCGUGCCAUUCUGGAGAAGAAUUUCUCCUUCCUGUCCAAAGGAGGUGCAGGAGGAGGUGGUGGAGGAUCCAGUGUCCCCAACCUCCUUAACACCAUGAUGGAGCUGAGGAAAUGCUGCAACCACCCCUACCUCAUUAACGGAGCCGAAGAAAAGAUUGCAGAGGAGUUCAGGGACUCCCACGGGGCAGAUGUACCCGAUAUGGCACUCCAAGCCAUGAUCCAAGCCGCUGGCAAGUUAGUGCUCAUUGACAAGCUGUUGCCCAAGCUGAAGGCUGGCGGACACAGAGUCCUGGUGUUCAGUCAGAUGGUCCGCUGUCUGGACAUCCUGGAGGACUACCUCAUUCAGAAACGAUAUCCCUAUGAGCGUAUAGACGGCAGAGUUCGUGGUAACCUGCGACAGGCAGCCAUCGACCGGUUCUCCAGACCAGACUCGGACCGCUUUGUCUUCCUGCUGUGCACAAGAGCUGGAGGACUCGGCAUCAACCUGACUGCAGCAGAUACCUGCAUCAUCUUUGACUCUGACUGGAAUCCUCAGAAUGACUUGCAGGCCCAGGCUCGGUGCCAUCGCAUUGGCCAGUCCAAGGCGGUCAAGAUCUACCGUCUGAUCACCAGGAACAGCUAUGAGAGGGAGAUGUUCGACAAGGCCAGUCUGAAGCUGGGACUCGACAAGGCUGUCCUCCAGAGCAUGAGUGGACGAGAGAACGCCAACAGCGGGGUCCAGCAGUUGUCCAAGAAGGAAAUCGAGGACCUUCUGAGAAAAGGAGCAUAUGGAGCUCUAAUGGACGAGGAAGACGAAGGGUCAAAAUUCUGUGAGGAAGACAUUGACCAGAUCCUUCAGAGACGAACCCACACCAUCACCAUAGAGUCUGAGGGCAAGGGCUCCACCUUUGCUAAGGCCAGUUUUGUUGCAACAGGUAACCGAUCAGACAUUUCUCUGGAGGAUCCGGACUUCUGGCAGAAAUGGGCCAAGAAGGCUGAGCUGGACCUGGAUGCCAUCAAUGGACGGAACACGCUAGUGAUUGACACACCAAGGGUGAGGAAGCAGACACGGCAUUACAGCAGUGUCAAGGAGGACGAAAUGCUGGAGUUCUCUGAGCUGGAGAGCGACGAAGACGAGCCGAGCAAACCUUCAUCCAAACCACGACGGCCCCAAGACAAAACACAGGGCUAUCCCCGCUCAGAGUGCUUCAGAGUGGAGAAGAACCUGCUCGUCUACGGUUGGGGUCGAUGGAGGGAUAUUCUGGCUCAUGGUCGCUUCAAGCGCCCCCUGAAGGAGGCCGAUGUGGAAACAAUUUGCCGAGCCCUCCUGGCCUACUGCCUGCUGCAUUACCGUGGCGACGAGAACAUCAAGAGCUUCAUCUGGGACCUGAUCACCCCAAGUGAAGAUGGGACCACCAAGACACUGACCAACCACUCUGGCCUCUCUACCCCAGUCCCUCGGGGCAGAAAGGGCAAGAAAGGGAAGCCCCUGGCCCCGCCCCCACAGACCCCGCGAGCUGAUUGGCUGGCCAACUGCAAUCCUGACCACUUAUUGCAAGAGGAUAGCUACAAGAGACACCUGAAACAUCACUGUAACAAGGUGUUGCUCAGGGUGAGGAUGUUGUAUUAUCUGCGACAAGAAGUCAUUGGUGACCAGGCCGAGCGCAUCCUGGAAGGAGCCGACUCCAGUGAGCUGGACAUCUGGAUUCCUCAGCCUUUCCAUGCCGAGGUCCCAGCUGACUGGUGGGACCGCGAUGCGGACAAAGCCCUGCUCAUCGGUGUCUUCAAACAUGGUUAUGAGAAGUACAACUCAAUGCGAGCUGACCCCACCCUGUGUUUCUUGGAGAGGGUGGGCAUGCCGGACGCCAAGGCUAUCGCUGCUGAGCAGAGGGGCUCCGACAUGAUGGCAGAUGGCGCAGAGGGCGAGGAUGAGGAUCCAGAGUACAAGCCACUUCGUAUGCCUUUUAAAGAUGACAUGGAUGACUUCACCAACUCUCCUCUGGAUGAUAAAGAUGACACUGCGGAAGGUGAAGCUGAAGCUAAAUCAGGUGAAAACGGCCAAAGUGUGCCUGCUGUGGGUGCAACUUCGGGCUCCAAUGAGCGACUGUAUUGGCCAGCAGCCUCAGCUCUGACUGCCCGUCUGCGCCGCCUCAUCACUGCCUACCAGCGCUCCAACCGCAGAGAGCAGCUACGACAGGAGGCCCUCAACCGGCCUGAUGGCCGCAGACGGAGACGCAGGGAGUUCCUGCCUUCCAUCGCCAUGGUUACCGAUACAGGAGGAGGGGCAACUUAUAUCCAAGAUGGAACAGGGGUGUUCAUGACAGAAGGAAGCCCCUAUCUGGCUAAAGGAAGUGCUUACUUUACCAAAGGUGGGCAGUUCAUGCCAGAUGCAUCACCAGUGAUGACUGCCAGCUCCCUGAUGGCUGAUGGAGCCAUGUACUACAAGGAGAGAAGACAGAGGUGGACUCGUCGUGAGGAGGCUGACUUCUACCGUGUAGUGUCCACCUUCGGAGUUGUCUUUGACACCCAGCGUCAGAAAUUUGAUUGGACGCAGUUCAGGGCCUUUGCUCGAUUGGACAAGAAAACAGAUGAAAGCUUGGAGAAAUAUUACUACUCGUUCAUUGCAAUGUGUAAACGGGUCUGCCGAAUGCAGGUCAAAACGGAAACAGAACUUCCUGACCCAACCCUGAUCAUCGACCCCAUCACCGAGGAGCGUGCUUCUCGCACACUUUAUCGCAUUGAGCUGCUCCGCCGCAUACGAGAGCAGGUCCUCCCGCAUCCACUGCUCUCUGAGCGCCUCAAGCUCUGCCAGCCCUCCACAGACCUUCCAGAGUGGUGGGAGUGUGGCCGGCAUGACCGGGACCUCCUCCUAGGGGCCUCUAAGCACGGAGUAAGUAGGACAGAUUAUCACAUCUUGAACGACCCAACCUUGGCCUUUCUGGAGGCCCACCAGCGCUUUACCAGCCAGCGAGGGGCUGGCGUCUACAUGGGAGCCCAUGGUGAGAUCCCCAAAGCCGGGAUGGGAGCAUCAGAAAGCACCCCAGCACCCCUCCUCACCCCUGCAGAACUGGCAAGCGCUGCCGCUGCUGCCAAAAUUGCUGUUAAUGCAGCUAAAGAGGAGGAGGGAGAAGGGAAGGAGUUGAAGACUGAGGAAGGGAAAUCUGAAAUAGAGGUGAAAAUGGAAACUGAAGGAGGGGAUGUCAGUGAUGUUCCAUGUACCAAGACUGAAACUCCUGACAAACAGAAGGAAAAUGAGGGAGAGGUCAGAGAAGGGAAAGAUGAAACCGCUGCUUCCCCAAAGGAGGUGAAGAAAGAGGAGACGGCCCAGCCAAAAGCAGAAAAAGAGGAACAGGAAGAACAAAAGGGCGAGCAUAGUGGAGAGGGAGAGCAGACGCCCAAGCCAGGAGAUGACCAAGAAAAAGAUCUAACGGAAGAGAAGAAGAGUUUGACUCCUGUUGACUCGCUCAGGGACCAGAAGGAGAUGACCACUGAGAUUCCAGAACAUCCUGACUCCUCUCCUAAACCACAACCAGGCCACAAGACUGCAGAGGAGGAAGACGGAGAGGAGAGGGAGAACCCUGAGUCUCCUAAAUCUCCAAAGUCAGACACGGAGAAGAGCCCAGAGGAGGAAGAUGAAGAGAGGAUGGAUGAAGAUGACAAAUCAGAGAAGUCCUCUCAAGCUGAAGCGAGUGCUGCAUCAGAGCAGAAGAACUUUGAUGAAGAGAGUAUUGCGUCUGUGAGCACGUCGGCCCAAAAUGAAACCAGAGACGGGUUCUGCCCCGAUGACCUGCCGGAAACUUCAGCACUGCAGGCCUUACAGGAGCGCACCUACGGCUUCUCGUUCUGGCCUAAGGAUCGAGUGAUGAUCAACAGGAUGGAUAACAUUUGUGAGGCAAUUCUUAAGGGCAAGUGGCCUGUCAACAGACGCCACAUCUUUGACUUCCCCAGCAACCUGUUGCCAGGGCAUGGAUCUGCAGCAACCACAGCGGCCGUAGCUACGGCGACAGAGAGCCCUCUGCAGAGGCGGAGUCUGGCCGAGCUGACAAUGGCCGGCAUCCAUACUCCUUACAGUGGGAGCGAAGCUAAAACACUAUCUCCACAGGUUCAUGAAGACGUUCUGAGUCUGACCGUGCCUCGACAGAGGAGGAGGAGGAGGAGAAAGAUCGAGAUUGAGGCAGAGAGGGCAGCCAAGAGGCGUAAUCUGAUGGAGAUGGUUGCUCAGCUGAGAGAGAGCCACGCCGCUGCUGAGUCCCAGAGCCAGGCUAUAGACCUCACCAAGGGUAUACAUCAUCACAAGGCCUCUCCCUCAUUGACUGGCUUCCCCAGUUCGCUGGUGACUAACACCUCCCUCAAAGCCCAGAUGGAGUUGCUACAGCAAGCCCCAUCCUCUGGUCACAGGGCCAACGGUUCACUGGAAGCCGACCUUCCCAUCACGAAGAGGAGGCGGGGCCGUAGGAAAAAUGUAGAGGGUCUGGAGCUGCUGUUUAUGGGCAACAAGAGAGCAGGAGGGGAUGAUGCUGAGGAGACAAAGGUUUCAGGUGUGGAGGGAGUUCAGGGUGCCACCCGUGCCCACAGACCCCUCACCAUGGCCGAGCAGAGUCCCAGUACCAGAUCCCUCACCUCUGGCAGUCUGGAGGAGGAAGAGACGGCAGUUUCUAGCAAAGAGCUUGGAGAAUGGCUGAGGCAGCACCCAACAUACACCAUGGACAUGGCUGGAUUCACACCAAAGAGUGACGAAUUACUGCUGUCUCAGUUUUCUAAGCCCAAACAGAAGCGCCAUCGCUGUCGAAAUCCCAACAAGAUUGACAUCAACACCCUGACAGGAGAAGAGAGAGUGCCUGUGGUCAACCGACGCAAUGGACGCAAGAUGGGCGGCGCCAUGGCUCCACCAAUGAAAGAGCUUCCCAGAUGGUUACUGGAGAAUCCCGAGUUCUCUGUUGCCCCUGAUUGGACAGACAUCGUCAAACAGUCGGGUUUCCUCCCAGAGGCAAUGUUUGAUCGCCUUCUGACCGGCCCAGUAGUAAGGGAGGAGGGUGUCCGUCGUCGAGGACGGCGACCCAAAUCUGAGAUUGCCAAGGCAGCGGCUGCAGCCCAGGCAGCAGCGGCGGCUCAGGCUGCCCAGGCAUCCCUGGCCACUGCUGCUUCAUCUGCAGGAGGCAUCAACCCUCUGCUGUUGAACAGUCUGUUUGGAGGGAUGGACCUGUCUUCCCUCCAGAGCCUCCAGUCUCUCCAGUUGGCUGCUGGUUUGAUGGCCUUCCCUCCACCCAAUGACCCGAAGCAGGCUGCCGCCAGCGCUGCUGCUGCCUCCAUGCUGCCCCUCAUGCUGCCUGGAAUGGGAGGACUGCCCAACAUGGCAGCCGCCCUCCCUAACAUGUUUGGCCUUGGUGGGCUGUUUGGCGGUAACCUGGCGACAGCCGCCGCCGCCGCUGCCGCAUCCAAUUCCACUGUCACCUCUGCAUCUGGCAACACCAAUGGAACAAUGGGGGGCGAGACUGAUGAGAGGGUGGCGACAAAAAGGAAGAGAGAUGGAGGUGAAAAAGAAGAUGGAGAGGAUUGUGAUGAGGUGGGGGACGAGGAGGAGGAAGAGGAAGCAGAGGUGGAGGCUGAGAGAAAUGAAGGAGUAGUGAAGAAGGCAAAGAAGGUGGAGAAAGAGGAUGAAGGAGAAGCAGAGAAAAUGGAGAAGUCUGUUAAUGAUGUCACUACAGGUCCCCAGAUCCCAGCUGCUGAUCCAUCAGCUGAGGCUUCCAUCAAUGGUGACGCAGCUGCCCUGUUAGCUGCAGCCGGCAUGUCUGCUAAUUCUCUGGCGUUUAACCCCUUCCUCCUCUCCACCAUGGCCCCCGGCCUCCUCUACCCCUCCAUGUUUCUACCUCCAGGCCUUGCGGGGCUCAGCCUGCCCGGCUUCCCCACCGCCUCCACACUGGCCGAGCUGCAGAGCGCCAUGGCCGGCGCGCUGGGGGGCAAUGUCGUGACCACAAAUCCCCCGAGAGACGAAGAGAAGAAGGCAGGGCCAAAAGCUACAAUGGAGGAGGAGGAGGAGGAGGAGGAAGGAGGAGACAGUGACUUGGCUGAUGAGAAGGAGGUGAAAGCCGAGGAGGAGACGAGAGGUGAGGAUUCAGCCGCGGAGGACGGAGCGAUGGUAGGAGAGGAGGAGGAGGAGGAGGUGGCGGCAGCGUCGUCUCCACAAAAGGACAAGAGUGACUGAACUAAAACACAAAACUGACUGGCCUUGGACAUUUCCUCACCUCUGACUUCCCCUUCUCCUGCCCUGCUCACCACGUUUACAGGCCUCCACCACAAAUACCCAAACUAUUAUGAAUCCUGUUUUUUUUUUUGUUGUUGUUUGUUUGUUUAUUUCCUUUACAUUGUUGAUGAUUUCUCUCUCACUCUGUUAUUUUUUUUUCAGCCAGGUAUAUUUACUAUGCGUCAGAGAGGACGGAGUGUGUGUGUGCGUUAAGUAAAAUCUCUCUGAUUGUUACUGUAGUCAGGGAAAAUUCUCACAGCAGCCGCUCGGCUCUUCUUCAAAGACUGUUUCUUUCUCUCUGGUUGGCCUGUGUGCACUGUGAAAGGUGCAUCCACACUUUCCCCUCAAAUAGGACUUUACGAGGUUCCAAUAGUACUAUUAUUAUUAUAAUUAUUAUUGCUGCUUUCAGCUCUCAGAUCUUUAUUUUGUAUUUUUUGCUUCCUCCUCCUUCUUCCGUUUGGUUGUUGUUGGUUAUUGGCAGCAUCUCAUCAAAAAGAGGAGAGACGCCGGCUAGUGGCGCUUUUUCCCCAACAUCAGUUCUCGAGAAAAAUGGCAUUACAGCUGAUCCGGCUGUCUGUCUGACAAAGCUGCUGCAAAAUGAAUUGUGGGUAAUGGAGAUGAUUGAACUGUUCGGUCUCAGAGCCGAUUUUUUUUAGUUCUCACAUAUCAGACCAGGUAGACUCUGAGGAGGGCAACGAACCCGGACUGGCCUAAAACUCAGUCUCACACACUGACUACCACAACACACACUCAUAUCCCAACACAUACUUGAUCAUGAGCUGCACACGCAUGCACACUCACACAUUUCACAAGUCCACCACUACACACACACUAACCCCCUGAACCCUCUCUGUGAUUUGACUGUUUCUGGGAGGUCUCAUCCCUGCAGCUGUUUUCCUUUUAGUGUAUGUGUGUGUGCUUGUGCGUGCGCGCAGAACCAAUACUGUUAAACCCAGUCCCACACUGAAUAUUAGUCUUGAAUCUUUCCACUGCCACAUCUGAAUCCUGUCUCCCACACUCUUUUCGAGGCAGCUGGUUUAGGCUCAGGAGUAGCAGGCGGGCUGGGUCUGCCACCAGUCAGGCCUUCUGAUUGGUCCGCUUCAAGCCGCCAAAACCAGCCGUUCUCAUUUGGAGGUUUCUGUGAAGGGGUUUGGAGUGGUGGUCCACACAGGGAUGUGUUGUUUCAGGUUUAUUCUUUUAAGGGGGCACAUGAGAUGGUUGAUAUUCCUGGUUGCUGCCACAUUAAAAUCCUUUCUUUAUUAUUUUAAUUUUUAUUGUUUUCCUUCAUAUCCCGGUAGUUCAGACCAAGUGCUGCUCCCUAGUGACCUUCUCUUUAAAGACUGUUUCUCUAGUCACACACACUGACACCAGGCCUGGCCAAAACAGGACUGAGACACAUUUUCAACAGAGUUGGAAAUUCACAGGUUUCCAUAUGAAGUUCAACUCUGGUCGCUGAGGAAGUUUUAAAUACUUGAAAGGUGCAUGCGGUGCUUGAUUUGUUUCCAUUUCUGAGGCCAGUUCAAGUGUCCGAGAUGAAUCAAGCGCCACAAGUGAUUCAAAUAUUUGAAAGUGCAUUCAAACACACACACUGUGGCCAGGUCUUAUUAACAUUUGCUAUCACAGCCAGCCCAGCAGAUGUAGAGAGAGAGAAGAGGGACAGAAGGGGAGAGAUCAGUUUUGGCUCCCUGGAAGAUGGCCUCCCCAUCAAAAACCCUCGUUCUUCUCUCUAAUGCUGAGACAGCAAUAACCAAGGCAGCUUUUGAAUGUUCCAACAUCACUCUCCCAAUACACACACACACACACAUAUAUACACACACACACACACACAUAUACACACACUAUAUGAAUAACCACAAGUGUCGUAUGAAUAGAAAAACAAAACUAAAACUGUAAAUGAUGGCAAAUAAGUACUGCAAUCAAUUUUGUCUCACUCUGUUCCUGUUGAUGCACUGGUGUUUAAGAGUUAAAAUAAUCAGGUACCUUUAUUACUUAGCUACUUUUCUUGAAAAAAUGGACUUUUUGUUACUUUUAGCCAGCAAGCUGAAGAGCAUUACCUCAAAAUUCUUAUCUAGCCUUGAAGUUUACAGACAUACCAUGUAAAUGUUUUUUUCCUCUUUUUUGGUGUUUUUGUUGUUUUUUGUUUUUUGUUUUUUUUUUUUUUUGAAGACAUGUAUGAUGAAUUGUAGCUAUGAUGCUUUUAAUAAAAGUGAAUCCUGAUAUUCGCCUAGGAAACCAAA